CGCUAUCCCGCAGUGGGGCGCUCUCUAGAACGUGCGAGAUGUUUCGAUCUGUCAUCGCCAGACUGCCCAUGGCGCUCUGACGCCUGCGAAGGUUUAAAUACCUACCUGGUAGUUAAACAAGAAAUGCAAACCAAAUUUGCAUGCAACCGAAACACGCCUUGAACGUUUCCCUGAAAUGCAGUCAAGAAUCCAGCUCGUGUCGCCAACGGCCUCACGGUGCAUCGCCACUGCGUCGAGAGGCGCAUUGUCCCAACCACGAAGACUACCUAGGCCAUUUACCGCAGCGAUACCGCGGACAGCUGCCCUCGGCAACCCGUUUCGCCUGCUGCCCGUGGUAAUAUCCCGAACAUAUGCCAAUGCCAGACCGCACCCGCCCGGCGGCACCCACCGCAUGAACCUCGGAGCCGAGGAAGAGAAACCUGCGCUCGAGCAAUAUGGAGUCGACCUGACGGCGAGGGCGAGGGAAGGCAAGCUCGAUCCCGUAAUCGGCCGGUCCGCCGAGAUCCAGCGCACCAUACAAAUCCUAUCGCGCAGGACAAAGAACAACCCGGUGCUCAUAGGGAGUGCCGGCGUGGGAAAGACGGCCAUUCUAGAAGGGCUGGCCCUCGAGAUCGUGCGCGGGGCUGUACCAGAGAGCAUCAAAAACAAGAGAGUAAUCGCGCUAGACCUGGGAUCCCUUAUUGCUGGCGCCAAGUUCAGGGGCGACUUUGAGGAGCGCUUGAAGAAGGUCCUCACCGAGGUUCAAAAGGCGCACGGCGAGGUUAUUCUAUUCAUCGAUGAGCUCCACACACUGCUUGGGCUGGGGAAGGCCGAAGGGUCAAUCGAUGCGUCGAACCUUUUGAAGCCCGCUCUCUCAAGAGGCGAGCUACAGUGCUGCGGCGCUACCACUCUAGCCGAGUACCGCCUUAUCGAGAAGGACGUCGCUCUGGCCCGUCGAUUCCAGCCCAUCCUGGUCAGCGAGCCGACUGUCACGGACACCAUCAGCAUCCUCCGGGGGAUCAAGGACAAAUACGAGGUACACCACGGCGUCCGCAUCACCGAUGGCGCCCUGGUGGCUGCUGCUACCUACUCGAACCGCUAUAUUACCGACCGUUUCCUGCCCGACAAGGCCAUCGACUUGAUGGACGAGGCUGCCAGCUCGCUACGGCUUCAGCAGGAGAGCAAGCCAGAGGACAUCACCCGGCUUGACCAGAAGAUUAUGACGAUCCAGAUUGAACUUGAAAGUCUGCGAAAAGAAAAGGACGUCGCAAGCCAGGAGCGGCGAAAGAAACUCGAGAGCGAUCUGAACAAAUACCAAACCGAGGUCAACGGUCUAACUGAACGGUGGGAGAAGGAGAAGGCCGAGAUUGAUGCCAUCAAGCAGACGCAGGCGGAGCUUGACAAGGCCCGCAUUGAAUUGGAACUGGCUCAAAGAGAAGGCAGCUUUGGCAAGGCGUCCGAGCUGAGAUUUGGUGUCAUUCCGACCUUGGAAGCGAAGUUGCCCAAGGAAGGAGAGAAGGGAGGAGCCGAUGACACCCUUCUCCACGACUCAGUCACCGCGGAUGACAUUGCGAAUGUUGUCUCUAGGAUCACCGGCAUCCCUGUUUCUAGGCUUACGAGCGGUCACACGGAGAGGUUGAUUCGCAUGGAAGAAAUCCUGCGAGAUUCUGUCCGGGGACAGGACGAGGCUCUCAAAGCCGUUGCCGACGCCGUGAGAAUGCAGAGGGCAGGCUUGAGCGGCGAGAACCGGCCAUUGGCGUCGUUCUUCUUCCUCGGUCCCACUGGUGUUGGAAAGACGGAGCUCUGCAAGAAGCUCGCCGGCUUCUUGUUCUCGGCUGAGUCGGCUGUUGUGCGCUUUGACAUGAGCGAGUUUCAAGAGAAGCACACCAUCUCGCGCCUCAUAGGUGCUCCGUCCGGCUACGUCGGCUAUGAAGACGCCGGGCAGCUGACGGAGGCGGUACGGCGGAAGCCAUAUGCGGUACUCCUAUUUGACGAAUUCGAGAAGGCGCAUCGCGACAUCUCGGCUCUGCUGCUGCAAGUCUUGGACGAAGGCUAUCUCACCGACGCACAGGGCCACAAGGUCGACUUCAAAAAUACCAUCAUCGUGCUGACAUCGAAUCUCGGGGCUGAUAUCCUCGUUGGGGCUAAUCACCUGCACCCGUACAAGGAGACACCGGAUGGCGACAUCCACCCAGACGUGAGGAAGGCUGUGAUGGACGUUGUGGCCUCGCAGUAUCCUCCAGAGUUCCUGAAUCGGAUAGACUCUUUCAUCGUCUUCAAGCGGCUGGCUCUCGAUGCCCUUCGGGACAUUGUCGACAUCCGUCUCAAGGAGCUCCAGGAGCGCCUGAACGACCGCCGCAUUACUCUCGACGUGCCUGACCACGUCCGCCAGUGGCUUGCCGAGCGAGGCUACGACCCCAAGUUUGGCGCCCGCCCACUGAACCGCCUUAUCACGACCGAGAUCGGCAACGGCCUAGCUGACCAGAUUAUCCGCGGGCAGAUCAAGUCGGGCGAUUUGGCUGUUGUAGAAAUCAAGGACGACAACACUGGUCUGACAGUCCAUGCGCGGCCAUCCAGCACCGACCCUGGCAGCGAGCCAGAGAAGUGAGCUGAGUAAGGCGAAACCCCUAUGUUUUUUGUAUAACAUGUGCAUGUAUAUAAUAACUGUAAUGAUCACCACUACCCUGCGGGCUGUAAAAUACAACAGAGCCACUCAAUAAUAUAAACUCGAGUUUUUCCUCAUAGC